CGUCGCGCGGGGAGCGGAGAAGGCAGAGGCGCGGGGCGCCAAGAUGAGUGUUCCGGAUGCAAGAGAAACCAAAAUGGUGUGGCCGUUUACCAAAACCUGCUAAAGCUGACUUCCCUGACAUCUCUGGACCCUUGUGCCGUCCGGGGCAGAAAGCCCAGGGUCCUCCUGCCAGGCGCACCAGGCACCAUGGACUCUCCAGGAUACAACUGCUUUGUGGACAGAGGCAAGAUGGAAGCUGCCAUCCAAGACCUGGGGCCGAAGGAGCUGAGCUGCACUGAGCUGCAGGAACUGAAGCAGCUGGCUCGCCAGGGCUACUGGGCUCAGAGCCACGCCCUGCGGGGAAAGGUGUACCAGCGCCUGAUCCGGGACAUCCCCUGCCGCACUGUCACGCCUGACGCCAGUGUGUACAGUGACAUUGUAGGCAAGAUUGUGGGCAAGCACAGCAGCAGCAGCCUGCCCCUGCCUGAGUUUGUGGACAACACCCAGGUGCCCAGCUACUGCCUGAACGCACGGGGGGAGGGGGCUGUGCGGAAAAUCCUGCUGUGCAUCGCCAACCAGUUCCCUGACAUCUCCUUCUGCCCUGCCCUGCCAGCCGUGGUGGCCCUGCUCCUACACUACAGCAUCGACGAGGCUGAGUGCUUCGAGAAGGCCUGCCGCAUCCUGGCCUGCAAUGACCCCAGCAAGAAGCUCAUUGACCAGAGCUUCCUGGCCUUUGAGUCGUCCUGCAUGACGUUUGGGGACCUGGUGAAUAAGUACUGCCAGGCGGCCCACAAGCUGAUGGUGGCCGUGUCAGAAGAUGUCCUGCAAGUCUACUCUGACUGGCAGCGCUGGCUGUUCGGGGAGCUGCCCCUAAACUACUUUGCCCGUGUCUUCGAUGUCUUCCUGGUGGAAGGCUACAAGGUGCUGUACCGCGUGGCUCUGGCCAUACUCAAGUUCUUCCACAAGGUGAGAGCGGGCCAGCCCCUCGAGUCUGACAGCGUGAAGCAGGACAUCCGCAUGUUUGUCAAGGAGAUUGCCAAGACGGUGUCUCCUGAGAAACUGCUGGAGAAAGCGUUUGCCAUCCGCCUCUUCCGCAAGGAGAUCCAGCUCCUGCAAAUGGCCAAUGAGAAAGCGCUGAAGCAGAAGGGUAUCACUGUCAAGCAGAAGAGGCAGUUUGUGCACUUGGCUGUCCACGCAGAGAACUUCCGUUCAGAGAUUGUCAGCGUGAAGGAGAUGAGAGACAUCUGGUCCUGGGUCCCAGAGAGGUUUGCUCUCUGCCAGCCCCUCCUGCUCUUCUCCUCCCUGCAGCAUGGGUACAGCCUAACCAGGUUCUAUUUCCAGUGUGAAGGACAUGAGCCCACCCUCCUGCUUCUCAAGACCACACAGAAGGAGGUGUGUGGAGCUUAUCUGUCAACAGAUUGGAGUGAGAGAAAUAAAUUUGGAGGCAAACUGGGCUUCUUUGGGACUGGAGAAUGCUUUGUGUUCAGGCUGCAGCCGGAGGUGCAGCGUUACGAGUGGGUGGUCAUCAAGCACCCAGAGCUAACCAAGCCGACAGCCUUCAUGUCUUCAGAAUCUACUGCUACUCCCUCCACAUUCGGCCACUCCAUCUCUUCAGACCCUGCUGACCGGCUCUCACCAUUCCUGGCUGCUCGGCACUUCAACCUACCCUCUAAGACCGAGUCCAUGUUCAUGGCUGGGGGCAACGACUGCCUUAUCAUUGGGGGAGGAGGUGGCCAGGCGCUCUACAUUGACGGGGAUCUGAAUCGAGGCCGCACUGGACACUGUGAUACUUUCAACAACCAGCCCCUCUGCUCGGAGAACUUCCUCAUUGCUGCCGUGGAGGCCUGGGGCUUCCAAGACCCUGACACCCAGUGAUGCCUGAAGCUCUUGCUGGGCCUUGCUGGGAGUCCACACCUGAAGAGGUGACCUCAGGAGGGACCCUCUUUGACCAACCUGACCAACCAAUUCAGUUGCCAAGGACCUGCCCUGAGAUGCCUGGACUCAUGGGGGUUUCUUUCCUUCUUCGCCUCCAGCCUCCCUCAGGCUCUGCUUUGUGGCUGCUAUGUCCCCUCCUUGUCACUGCAGCAAGUGGGGCCUAGGCCCAUACCCCUUAGCAUGCAUGCUUAUCUCAGCACCCCCUUCUUGAUUCACUUUGCCUGGACCUGAUGACCUCCCUUUGUAUCACUUUCCCGACACUGUGGCUGGCCACACGUCAUUGUUUUCAUUGUGCUGCCUCUCCCCCUUAUGUCCUUUACCACUGAGCCCUGCACUAGCCCAGUGCACAGCUGGUGCCAAGGGAAGAGCUGCCUCUGAGCACUGUAGGGGCACCAUCUCCAUGUGACUUUCCCUCCCACCCUGUGACCUCCCUCAGCACUCUUGAGGGUCUAGGCACCACAGAGGAAAGAGGGGAGAAACAGUGACCCAAGUGGCCAUGUGGGGCAUGGAAGUCUGGCUGUCAGGGACAGGUCCCCAUGCUGGAACACCUCAGAGUUGCUAUGAGGCAUGCCAAUGCCUGUUCCCAUACCAUCUUCCAGCAGAGCCAUGGUGGUACAGAGGACAGCCCAGGAACCCCGUGUGGCUUUGGGCAGGCCAGUAAACCUGCCUGGAACUUAUGUUUCCCAUCUAUGAAAGGGGACAGUCCUCCUGCUCUGUUGUCCUCAAGGAUGGGGGGACCCUGUGAAUCCCUGUUGAGGGGAAAGUGCUAGAGGAGGUGUUGCUCACCCCCAUAGAGCACUUGCCACCCCUUUCCUCUGAGCCCACCACCAGGGCCUAUACCGCCAACUUUGGUCUUCAUUAAACACCAUCUUGUCUUUUGUUGGGGACUUUUGGGGACAGGAUCUUGCUACAUCACCUAGGCUGGCCUGGAACUUGAGAUCCUCCUGCCUCAGCCUCCUGAGAGUGCUGGGAUUACAGGCAUGACGCCUGCUUAAACAUGGUCUACACUGGAUCUUAGCCAAAAGGCGGAGAGGUGAUCAUUAAACAGUCUUGUAGCAGUGGCUGCAGGGCUCUGGUCUUGUGUCUUCAGUCAGAGGGCCCCUGGGCUUCCCUGGAUGUGCCAUCCUGAUGCUCAUCCCUGCAUCAUCAUGGUGACUUUGAAGGCCUUUUAAAAAUGAAACCUUUCAGGAGAAGAGGUUAAA